UGCGGCCUUCACUGAGCGGGGGGGCGGCCCCGGCCCGGCCCGGCCCGGCCCCGCAGGACGAUGGACCCGGCCGAGGCCGUCCUGCAGGAGAAGGCGCUCAAGUUCAUGCCCCGAAUACACAUGCCAAAAGAUGGAUUUCAGCUUAUAUCUUCUGGAUACCAAGCAUGGCUAAAGCAGUGCUCUAUGCCCAGAUCUCUGUGGCUGGGCUGCUCCAGCCUGGCGGACAGCAUGCCCUCGCUGCGAUGCCUGUAUAACCCAGGGACUGGCGCACUCCCAGCUUUCCAGAAUUCCUCUGAGAGAGAAGACUGUAAUAAUGAUGAGCCCCCUAGGAAGAUCAUUCCUGAGAAGAAUUCACUUAGACAGACCUACAACAGCUGUGCCAGACUGUGCUUAAACCAGGAAACAGUAUGUCUAGGAAGCACUGCUAUGAAGACUGAAAAUUGUGUGGCCAAAACAAAACUUGCCAAUGGCACUUCCAGUAUGAUUGUGCCCAAGCAAAGAAAACUGUCUGCAAGCUAUGAGAAGGAGAAGGAGCUCUGCGUCAAGUACUUUGAACAGUGGUCUGAGUCUGACCAGGUGGAGUUUGUGGAGCACCUCAUCUCCCAGAUGUGUCACUACCAGCAUGGACACAUAAACUCAUACCUCAAACCCAUGUUACAGCGGGACUUCAUCACUGCACUGCCAGCUCGGGGAUUGGAUCACAUUGCUGAGAACAUUCUGUCCUACCUGGAUGCCAAAUCUUUGUGUGCUGCUGAGCUGGUGUGCAAGGAGUGGUACCGGGUGACGUCGGACGGGAUGCUCUGGAAGAAGCUCAUUGAGAGAAUGGUCAGGACAGACUCCUUGUGGAGGGGUUUGUCAGAGAGGAGAGGAUGGGGACAAUAUCUAUUUAAAAAUAAACCUCCUGAUGGAACUGCGCCACCCAACUCCUUCUACAGAGCACUUUACCCCAAAAUUAUACAGGAUAUAGAGACAAUAGAGUCGAACUGGCGGUGUGGAAGGCACAGUUUACAGAGGAUCCACUGCCGGAGUGAGACAAGCAAAGGGGUUUAUUGUUUACAGUAUGAUGAUCAGAAGAUAGUAAGCGGCCUACGAGACAAUACUAUUAAGAUCUGGGAUAAGAAUACAUUGGAAUGCAAGCGAAUUCUCACCGGACACACGGGUUCUGUCCUGUGCCUCCAGUAUGAUGAACGGGUGAUCAUUACUGGAUCUUCAGACUCAACAGUCAGAGUGUGGGACGUGAAUGCAGGCGAGAUGCUGAAUACCCUGAUCCACCACUGUGAAGCUGUGCUGCACCUGCGCUUCAACAACGGCAUGAUGGUGACGUGUUCCAAGGACCGCUCCAUCGCCGUGUGGGACAUGGCCUCCCCCACAGACAUCACCCUGAGGAGGGUGCUCGUCGGCCACCGAGCCGCUGUCAACGUCGUGGACUUUGAUGACAAGUACAUUGUAUCGGCAUCAGGUGACAGAACUAUAAAGGUAUGGAACACUAGUACCUGCGAAUUUGUGCGCACCUUAAAUGGCCACAAACGAGGCAUUGCAUGUCUGCAGUACAGAGACAGGCUAGUAGUGAGCGGCUCUUCAGAUAAUACCAUCAGGCUGUGGGAUAUUGAGUGUGGGGCAUGUUUACGAGUACUGGAAGGCCAUGAAGAGUUGGUGAGAUGCAUACGCUUUGAUAACAAGAGGAUAGUCAGUGGGGCAUAUGAUGGGAAAAUUAAAGUGUGGGAUCUUGUGGCUGCUUUGGAUCCCCGUGCUCCAGCAGGGACCCUCUGCUUGCGAACCCUUGUGGAGCAUUCUGGAAGAGUCUUUCGACUUCAGUUUGAUGAGUUCCAGAUCGUCAGCAGCUCACAUGAUGACACCAUCCUCAUCUGGGAUUUUCUGAAUGACCCAGCUGCCCAGGCAGAAUCCACUCGUUCCCCGUCCAGAACAUACACCUACAUCUCCAGAUAAAUAACACUACACUGUACCUCACACUCGCACAGGAUUUGUGACAUGUGGUGCCUGUGACUCCCCCUGAAGAACUCCUCCUCCUUUGUCCAUCAUCAUCAAUAAUUAAAUCAGAUACACUGCUAUCCAGAAGGAAGAAGAGUUUCUGCAGAGCGAGUAGAGCAGCUGCUGCCUAACAAGAGGAUGCAGAUGGCCUGACCCUGGGCAGUUGUCACCAGGCUGGAGGGUUUUGCCAAGAACCUCCCUCUGAAGUGAUGACCAUUCUCCUCACUCUGCAGCAAGCUGAUUCAAGAUUACAGUUUGGCUAGGGGAGGAGACACUGAGGCACAAGCACAAGCCGAGGCAAAUUAAAUCAAGAUGCAUCAAUGUGCAGAAUAAUUUAUUGAUAGGGCCCAGCCCUUGUUCUCUCUCACAUACCAUGGAUGUUAAAUUAUUCAUAUCAGAGCCUGGUUGGUUUGCUCAUCACCUUUUGUCUUGGCCAGCACAGUGUGGGGAGGACAAAAUGUUUCAUAUGUUUGGGUCAGUUGUAGAGUGAAUUUAAUGCAUAUGAGUGAAGUGGGAUAACAUGAUUGCCUGCGUGGGUGGAUACAUGCACAAUUACUGUUAAUAGCAGUAUAAGAGCAAAGAAUGGCAGAAGAGCUGACAGGCUUCUGCAAAGGGGUGUCCACAGUGACAUUUUCCCAUGAAAGUGCUCUGUCAUGGGCCACAUCCUGUAUCCUGUUUGGUAACUGUACAGUGAUGCUCUGGACCUGUCAGAUCUUGAUUUCUCAAACACUCUGGUCAAUCAGAUGUUAUUUUAAAUCAUUAAAAGGCUUAGUAUGAA